GGGUAUACCGUUCCUAAUGUACAAAGAAUCGGCAUUUUCUCGGCAACUUAACGGCAAACCGAGAGCGGCUUUUAUGUUUUCGGGCCGAAAGUGGCUACUCCUCGGUCACUCGCUACCGGGAGACCAUAUUUCGUGCCAAAACCGAUCCGCAGGAUGUUUUGCCGGCUCCAUCUUCCGGACUCCGGACCGCGUUCGGUUAGCAAGCUGUAAAGCGGUACCAAAUUGGGCGUGGGCCCCUGUGUCAUUCGCGUUUGAAAUUCGCGCCGCAUUGUUUGACAUUUUUGACUGACUGACAUCCUCUGUCAUCAGUGUCAUCGCGGCGCGGCCAUUUUGCUUGUCUUUUGUAGCGGUUGUUGUGGCGUCUGUGCAUAAUCAUAAUAUGGUUCGUCAGUUUUUGUGUUUACUAAAUUUGAAAUGCAAUAGCAUCAGAUAUUAGCACUAUUCGCGUUGUUUGUUGUUCUUAUAUUUGGCUGCUGCUAGUGCUGCUGAUUUGUGUUGUAUUCCGAUUUCAAGUAAGCGUAGGCGGGAGGCAACAACUAAAAAAUUGAAAUGUCCGAGUCCCAGUCCCCUUUGAAUGGGCAAAACAAUUUGUAAGUACAAGUUCAUGUAAGAUACUCAAUCAAAUACACCUACCUUGAUAACAUUUCAAAAGAUACUAUAGUUUGCUGGAAUCUAUUUGAACCCAAUUAUGGCGUCUGCACCCAAAAAAAGUAAGAGACAAGAGCGGCGUUUAAUUGCCACUCAGAUGCAAUCAAUAUUGAGUGAUUUUACAUCCAUAAACGAGGCUUCGAGAUCUAAAAGUUCAGAGCCCAAGACAAUAUCUUCAAUUUGUGAAUCUCAUUUCGAACAAGAUGUCAAUAAUUCCCCAAGUAAUUCCCAAUCUAAUUUCCAAAUUGUGUCUGAUCCUGAUUUUGAGACACAAUCUGAAACUUCUAGCCUUGCUUCUAACAUUUGUCAUUCCAGUUUCAUUGAUAGUCACAGGUUAGUGAAACCCAGUGACAGUAUUGAAGCACAGGCAGGGCCUUCAACAGAAAGUGUGUUAUCAGAGACAGAGUUGGAUCACAUAUUUAGCUCAGAUUCUGACUCUGAUAUCGAGGAAUCUAACAAUGAGCAUGACAAAACAGAUAAUAAAAAUAAAACUGACCCUGUACUUGUGGAAAAUACAAACAUCAGUUUUUUAAGAGGAUGGGCAUUAAGAAAUAAUUUAACACAUAAGUCAGUAGUCGAACUAUUGAAAUGGUUUUCCACAAAUCCAGAUAUCAGUAACUUGCCCAAAGAUGCUCGUACUUUGUUACAAACACCCAGGCAUGUCAAUACAAUUCAAAUGGGUAAUGGUUUAUUUUAUUACUUUGGAUUAAGUCAAGGUAUCAUAAAAAUUUAUAACAAAUUUGAAAAUGAAAUUAUCCCCAAUCAAGUCCCCAAUAUAAUGAAUGAAUUUUUCUAUAAUUUGAGUUUUAAUGUAGAUGGAUUGCCAAUACAUAAGAGUACGAAGGAUUCCUUUUGGCCAAUUUUGUGUCGAGUAUUAAAUCAUCCAGAAGAACCCCCUUUUGUAGUAGCAAUUUACUGUGGGCCAGGUAAACCACCUCUUGAAGAUUUUUUUUCAGAAUUUGUAUCAGAAGUUAAUGAAUUAAAUGAAAACAAAUUAAAAGUUGGCAAAACUAUUAUUAAUAUAAAGUGUAAGUCAUUUUGCUGUGACACACCAGCUCGUGCAUACAUAAAAGCAACAAUGGCCCACAAUUCUUAUCAUGGCUGUGAUAAAUGUGUUGUCAAAGGUACUUAUUUUAAUAAAAGAAUGGUAUUUUUAGAUUCAAAAGCUGCUCUUAGAACUGAUUCUGGGUUUAUUAAUCAAGAAUAUAAUGAAUAUCAUAAAAAUAUCAGCCCCUUGUGUGAAAUAAAUAUUGGUAUGAUAUCAAGCUUUCCAGUUGAUUAUAUGCAUUCAGUUUGUCUUGGUGUUAUGAGAAAAUUAUUAUUUAUCUGGCGUGAUGGUAGUAGACUUUUUCGACUUACACCUGCAAAAUUAGAAACUCUUGAAAAUAAAUUAAAGGCUGUAAAAAAAUUUUGGCCAAUUGAAUUCAAUAGGAAACCAAGAAGCAUUAAAGAACUUGAACACUGGAAAGCAACUGAAUAUCGCCAAUUUUUAUUAUAUUUUUCUCCUCUUUUAUGUGAUAUUUUAUCACCACAUAUUUUUGCCAAUUUAAUGUUGCUUAAGUAUGCAAUGACAAUAUUGCUGGGUAAAGACUUGAAUAAGCUUUAUAAUGACUAUGCUGAUAAACUUCUUCGCCUAUUUGUGACUAAUGCAAUUAAUAUUUAUGGAAAAGAUUUUGGAAUUUACAAUGUACAUGUUCUAGUGCAUCUUGCACAAGAUGCAAAAGAAUUUGAUACAUUGAAUAACAUAAAUUGUUUUUGCUUCGAAAACUAUCUCGGUUUUUUAAAGAGAUUACUUAGAAAAUCUAAUCAAAGUUUACAACAAGUUGUCAAUAGGAUUCAUGAAGGUCGUGUCAUUGUCACAGAACCCAAUAAAAGUGAAAUUUCUGUUUCUGGAAAAGUCAUUAAUAUUGUAGGUAGUGAUCGAUUAUUUUAUCCCAAACUUUCUUGUAACAAUUGGACAUUUUCUGCCAAUGCUGGAAAUAAUUGUGCAAUUUUUAAAUAUAAUGAAAUUAUGCUUAUUGAUUGCUUCUUUACAGAAUCAAAUAAAAUUUAUAUUCAGGGCAAAAAAAUUAAUAUUAUAAAACCAUUCUUGAAAUACCCAACAGAAAGUGCGUUUAUUUCAUUAUUUGAAGUACAACAUAGCAAUAUUGAAGUUUGCAAAUUAUGUGAUGAAAUUGUUUCUAAAGCAAUUUUAUUGCCACAUUUUGAUAAGUAUAUUUGUUGUCCACUAAAUCAUUUUCUUUAAUUUUUUUUUCAUUUACAGUAUAUAUUAUGGUAAGUAGGUAUAGUCACUUUAUUCCAGCUGUUAGGUAGAAAACUCUGGGGACUAUAUUAUUGUUAUUGACAGAAGUUGUAUUUUUUUAAUGGGAUGCCUUGUAUAUUUUUGCAUUUUUGGAUUAUGAUUAAAAUUCCAAAGCAAAUUACAUGUAUUAUGUUCUGUACCCAAACUCAACUGCUUCGGGAAUAUUUACAGUUAAAACUUGACAUUUUUGCAACUUUGACAGACUUUAAAACCUUGAAAGUUCAAUUUUAGAGCAAAAUCGAUUUUACAUUCUAGUCUAAAUUUUUCAUAAGCUAUCAAUUAAUUAUUGACACUAACAGAUUAUGAAAAAAUAUGAAAUUUUAGGCAUGGAAAUCUCAAAAACCAGUUAAAAUAGAUAAUCCAAAGUGUGUCAAUAUAGCUAGUUUAUGAAUAACAAGACAAGAAUGUGAAAUCGGGAUUGCUCUAAAAUUAACCGUCAAGGUUUUACAGCCUGUCAAAGGUGCAAAAAUAUCAAGUUAUAACUGUAAAUAUUUCCGAAACAGUUGAGUUUGGUUAUAGGACAUUAUACAUAAAAUAAGCUUGUAAUUUUAAUCAAAAUUCAAAAAUGCAAUAAAAUACAGGGCACCGAUUUAAAAAAUUGAAACUUCCUUCAGAAUUUGACAUUUACAAUGUUUAUAUGUAAGAAUUGUAAGAUUUGAUUAAAACAUCUAGUGGUUCAGGUAAAAUGCUACAACUUUUGUAUUUAUCUUUUUUAACUAGCAACUGUAAUUACGACUGCAGGUGGUGUGCCAAUUUUUGGUGGACCACCCUGUACAAAUAAAAAAUAAUAUUUUUUUUUUAAUUCUAUAAUACCUAGCUGAUGAGUUGAGGCGUCUUUUCUGUGAGCUUCCAUUUCGAUUUUAGAUACCUUUAAAAUUCAACCACCAAUUUUUUGGAUUCUGAAAGUUUAAGUCAUAUUAAGUGAUAUUUUAUGGUAAUGGUUUUGUCAUAAUUAUUAUUAUUUUAUUUAAUUGCCAUCAUUGUAGGCAAUACCUAAUUGUUGAUUUUCCCGAGGAAAGCAAAAAUGGUGAGAUAAGCAUGGCUUUAAUAUCAAGCAGUUGGAUUUUUGAAGAGCAUGGCAUGUUAUACUGUUACUGGCCCGUCUAUAUAAAGUCUACACUUUUAAGAGAAAAAGUAGUUAAAAACCAUACCCCCUUAAUACCAAAUAAAUGCCUCAAAUGCGCCAUCAUGGUAAAGCAUAGUAGUGAUGACUAUGAACAGGCAAGUUUAAAGCUAAGAAAAUUAGAAGAAGAUGAUUUUUCACAAACAGACUCCGAAAGUAGAAAUUCACAAAAAAAAUCGUGCAAAUCAACCAAAAGAGAUGAAGAUUUCGUCUAUUUUGAGGCAAGCGAUAUUAGCGAUGAUGAAGAUCAUGAUAUUAUUCCUGUUCCUCCAAAAUUUCCAAAGGAGCCGAAGAAAAAAUCAUUCGCUGAACUAAAGCCAGUUGAUAGACCGCGAAAUAAUAAUAAUUAUUUUCUUCCACCAAGUAGUCCCAAACCCAAACCAAAUCAGGAUCAAAUAGAAGUCUCACCAAAUCAAGGCAACUAUGAAUGCCACUGCGAAAAAACUUCAAAAAUGGUGGAACGCCUGCUGCGCGACAUGCAAACGAUCAAAUUGGAUGUUAGAAGCCUGGUUUUGGAAUUAAACAAUAAUAAGUUGACCCAGUAUCAACAACUGGAUGCUCAGCUACGUUUCAAAGAUUACCAGGAGCUUCAAAAAUUCAAUGAAUCAUUAUUGGAAGAAGAUUACUUCAACAAAAUGCAAGCAUCAAUUUCUUUGUUGGGAGGCAGGGAUUUGAACGACACAACCAGAAAAAUUUUGUCACUUUUGGUGAGCCAUGAGCUAUCCCUGAAUAUAAAUUGGAUAGGGGCAAAUGAGAAAGGCAGCUUUCAAAAACUGGAGAAUGUUUUGAAACUUACAUAUGGAGCCGUUCGAAGAAACCAGGCAACAGCAAACGCUACAAAUUCGGAAAUUGAUAAUGCUAUUCGCAAUUGGCUGAAAAAUGCUCCUGAUAGGGCAGGAGGAAGGGCCAAUCGAAAAAAUAAAAAAUGAGUGUUUUACCUUAUUUAUAAAUUAGGGUAUUUUGUUCAAGUUGUUUAAAACUGCGCCAUUGAUUCCUUACUAUUAGAAUCUUGUGUAUUUAUUUUUUAAUUACAUUUGUAGCAUUCCAUUGACACAUUCUAGUCUUAUGAUGUGAACUAUAAAAAAUAUGUAUAAAUAUUUUUCGUUAUUUCAAUGUAUUUUUUUUUUAGACGGUUAUUCCAUAAUUUGUUUCUGAUAUCAAUAUAAAUGUAGUUUAAUUUUUUGGUUUAGUUUUUUGAAACUGCGCAUUUUAUUUAUGAUGUGUACACAUUUUCCGUUCCUUAUAAUAUAUUGGGAACUUUUUUUUAUCAUUUCUUUCAAGCUGUACAUAUUGACACAUUUCAAAAAUGUUAACUAAAAGAUUAAGUUAUCAUUCUGUAAAUAUGUAACUCUUUUGUCAUGUGACUAAUAAAUGGUCUAAUGUUUUU